AUGGGUCAAGGUCAAUUUGGGCAAUCUGGGCAAGCAGGACAAUUCAAUAGACUACCGCAGCAACAAUCACAAUGGCAACAAAUAUCUGCAUUAUCUGAUAGAACUUCAAAGCUCGAAGAAACCUUUCAACAAUUUUUGCAGGUAACUAUCUCCAACCACAAGAGAACUGAAGCUGCAAUUAGAAAUUGGGAGAUACAGGUUGGCCAAUUGGCUAAGAAGUUGGAGGAUAUGCCUGACAGGAGUUUUUGGGCUAAUACUGAGUUUAAAGUGAAAAUUUUUGAGAAAAGUGAAAAAGUUCUUCCUUAUCCGAAGGAGAGUGAUAAAAUAGAGAAAGAGAGACAAUAUGAGUGGUUUAAAGAUAUCUUAAGACAAUUGCAGAUUACUAUACCUUUGACCGAAGCACUGCAGUACUUUCCUGCUUAUGCAAAGCACAUGAAGCAAUUCCUCACGAAACAGAGAUAUUUAGAUGAGGAGACUGUGGAUGAAAAGGGAGAUUGCAGUGUUAUUGUGAAGAAACCACUUCCUCUAAAAGUGAAAUAUCCAGGAAGCUUUACUAUUCCUUGCGUCAUUGGGAAGGAGAAUAUAAGGAAGGCCUUAAUUGAGUUAGGGUCAAGCAUUAAUUUGAUGCCCUUAUCUAUGCUCAAAAGGAUUGGUGGUCUUGAAGUCAAGCCAACAAAGGUGACUUUGUUUAUGGCGGAUGAGUCUUCAAAGAAACCCUAUGAUGUAGCGGAAGAUGUUGUG